GUAGAUUACAUAUCGAAGCACUGCCCAGCAUUUUUCGGUGGUGGCUGCCCAUAUGCCAAGCUUGCCCAAGAAAAGAAAGGCGUCUGUGCCAAAUGUCCUCCUUUCAACAAUGGUUGCCCUUUCAAACAAUGCAAGACCGUGGGUGAGCUUCAAGACAUGAUGGGUCAGAUGCGUGACCAGUCCAAAGGCGAAGCUCAAUGGAUCGAGUUUUUGAAGGAUGUCGUCUUUCUUAGUAAGGAAAAAAAGGAAAAACACGUAGAGCACAGAACUCAAAGCCUAUUCAAGGGUGGCUGCCCCUUUGCCAAAGACACUGCAGGAAAGGAGAUUUUGAAACCUGCAUACAUUGAAGUGAGUAAUUUCGGUUUCAGAAUGAAAAUAUUAAAUGGAAACCAUCGAUAAAGAGCUUUCUAACGUAUUGCUUUGGUGCGGGAAUUUCUUUUCGCUCCCUAGUUUUUUUUAAGCAAUUCCAAACAAUUGUCACUGUAUAGUGUUUUUUCCACUUUCAUAGCAAAUCUCGAAACACGAAUCAUUCUACAGAAUCUAUAACCUGAAAUAAAGAAAAUUGUGACUAGCUCACGUCUGAUUUAUUUGAGCUGUUGUGUACCGGUUCCCAGUGAAUAUUCUUGUUUCUAGUUCAACUUUAUAUCCGCUUGAACCUGCAGUGUCCAUAUUCUUUGACGGUUGAAGAGAUCGUCAAGAAGUGUCCAGUUUUUGGUGAAGGUGUGUGCCCAUAUACAGGUCUUGUUGAUGAAAUGAAAGGAAUCGCCGAAAACUGCCCUGGUUUCAAAGACGGAUGUCCCUUCAAGAAUCUGACAACCAUGGGUGAGUACGCGGGCAAACUGGCCGAAAUGCGAGAUAAGACUACCACUCCAAAGGGUCGGGCUGCAUUCGAGAAGUUGAUAAAG